UAUACAUAAAACCGAAAUCGUCAAUUCCCACCUCUUUAAACGCUUGCUUCGUGUCUGACACGUUUCACACACCAACGUUUAAUAUCUCGUCUCCUUUCUUCCAUUCUCUCCGGAUUGGUUUCUUUUAAGCUUCCACGAAAGUCUAAGCGGUCUCCGUCUUUGAAUGUACGCCGUCCGAGUUGGUGAAUUCCCCUGGAUUCUGCCCCCCUUUUUCUUCGUCGACUUGACUCGCAGAAUUUUCUUCUUCUUAUUUUUCUUCGUCUCCUUCUUUUGGUUUCAUGAUUGUGCUAGAAUUCUGUCAUGGGUUCUGUUAAGUGAUGUGUUCUGCAGUUCAUAACAUAUUGGUGCUACUGUAUAUUACUUUCUGUUUCAACUCAUGUACUGAAGAUCUGGUUGGAAGCAGAUAUGCAGAAAUCUCUCUGCCAUUUUAAGAGUAACAGCUCUUUCAGAGUAUUGCCCCAACAAUGUCUGCGCCGUUUGAGCAAAAGGCAUUGUCAAAUAGCAUCUGGACAACCCUCCUCCCCAACUGUAUUUCCAGAAAAACAACGCAAGAGAACAUCUUUGAGGGAACAUAAGGUCAAUGGAAUCCAUGAAUCUCCAGGCAAAGAAAAAGCACAAGAGCACAUAAUUGAUAUAGGGGAUGAGCACUGUGAUUUGAUAGGGGAUGAAGUUUUUUCUGGGAAGCUAGCUCUUGACAAUAAAUCUAAAAAUGCAGGUGCUGAAACUGGGUCUGGAACCUCGAGUCCUAACAUUAUCGAUGCAAAACUUACAAGCAAAGCAAUGGUUUGGGGAUCUCAUAAACUGAGCCUUGAGGAUGUCAUAUCUGUGUCAUACAAUGCUGGUCUCCGACAUUUUACAGUGCAUUCAUACCCUCUUAGAAAAAGGUCAUGUGGGCUUUCCUGUUUUUCAAAGCCAUGUAGAAAUCAAAUGGAUUAUCGGUUUUUGGCUUCUAACUCAGAGGAAGCCAUUCAGUGGGUCAGCAGCUUUGCAAACCAGCAGUGCUUUGUGAAUUGUUUACCUCAUCCAAUGCUGUCUUCCCAGAAGCAGUCUUCUAACAUAGUUGCAAGAAAUCCUCUAUAUGAUCUACCACAUUUCAAAAGUAGAACUCCUCCAAAAGUUCUUGUGAUAUUGAAUCCUCGUUCUGGGCAUGGUCGGUCAAGUAGAGUUUUCCAUGGAGAAGUGGAGCCAAUAUUCAAGCUUGCAGGUUUCAAGAUGGAAGUGGUCAAAACAACAUCGGCAGGUCAUGCAAGAACUCUUGCUUCCACUGUUGAUUUUGAAACAUGCCCUGAUGGAAUUAUAUGUAUCGGAGGAGAUGGAAUUGUAAAUGAGGUUCUUAAUGGUUUGCUCAGCAGAGAUGAUCAGCAAGUAGCAAUUUCAAUCCCAAUUGGCAUCAUUCCUGCUGGUUCUGACAAUUCACUUGUUUGGACUGUUCUGGGAGUUAGAGAUCCAGUUUCUGCUGCAAUGGCUAUAGUGAAGGGUGGUUUCACAGCUAUAGAUGUUCUUGCCGUUGAAUGGAUCCGGACUAGGGCUGUUCACUUUGGAAUGACUGUUUCGUAUUUUGGAUUUCUUGGUGAUGUCCUGGAACUUUCUGAGAAGUAUCAGAAGCAUUUUGGCCCGCUUCGCUACUUUGUGGCUGGGUUUCUUAAAUUUCUAUUCUUGCCCAAGUACAGCUUUGAGUUGGAGUAUCUUCCUAGUCCAAAAGAGGAACCAGACAAGGGAAAGGCUUUAAAUGAGAAAGCUAAGCUUGAUAUGCAAGACCUCUACAGAGACAUUGUUCGGAGGUCAAAUAGAGAAGGCAUUCCCAGGGCUUCCAGUUUAUCCAGUAUUGAUUCAAUUAUGACUCCAAGCAGAAUGUCUCCCGGAGAGUUGGAUACAACUGGAAGCAUGCUAGCCAGCACUGAGCCAUUUGAGGAUGGUCGUGGCCUUGAUCCUAAUUCAAAACAUUUAUCCUCGGGGAGAAGCAAUUUGACAACAAAACCAGAAGAAGUUCUUCACCCCCAAUCUCAGUUAUCACCCAAACUUAAUUGGCCAAGGAUGAGCUCAAAAUCACGGACAGAUAAAGGUUGGACUGGCUUGAAUGAAACAAAUGUUUCUAGGUGUUCUUGGGCAGACACAGCAAUUAAUGACAGAGAUGACAUCUCAUCAACAUUGUCUGAUCCAGGCCCCAAUUGGGAUUCCGAGCCAAAGUGGGAUACUGAGCCAAAUUGGGAUCCUGAGCCUAACUGGGAAGUUGAGAACCCCGUUCAUCUGCCGGAGCCACCUACUGACAUGGAAGUAGGGGUCACCAAGGAACUCAUUCCCAGGUUAGAAGAGAAGUGGGUAGUUAAGAAGGGCCACUUUCUUGGUGUCUUGGUCUGUAAUCAUUCCUGUAAAACUGUCCAGAGUUUAAGUUCUCAGGUUGUUGCACCAACAGCUGAGCAUGAUGACAACAGUUUGGACCUGCUUUUGGUCCAUGGAAGAGGGAGAUUGAGAUUAUUAAGAUUUUUCAUCUGCUUGCAGUUUGGUUGUCAUCUUUCACUGCCCUAUGUGGAAUAUAUUAAGGUAAAGUCAGUCAGAAUUAGGCCAACCAAAAAUACACAUAAUGGAUGUGGCAUUGAUGGGGAGCUUCUUCGUGUGAAUGGCCAAGUCAUGUGCUCCUUGCUUCCAAAUCAAUGCAGACUGAUUGGCCACCCUGCCAGGGAUUGCGAAUGAACACCGCACACCAGGAUUGAACGAUAGGUGUGUCAUGUGUGAUUUUCAGUGACUGCACGGGAUGUUAGUGGAUACUCAGAGCAUCCACACUAUGAACCAUAUGAUUCAACCUACAUUUUCUGUCUUGUUUUAUGAGGCCACUGUAAAUUUUGCUGCCUGUUUGUGCAACUUGUUGCGGCUUUCUGGGAUAUCCUCUCUUUUUUCUGAAUGUUAACACGUGUAUAUUGUAUAGCAUCAUAGAACCUGAUGUGUCUGUUUAUUGUAACGAGCAACUGUUACCUUAUUAGUUCUAUCCACUCCAAUAUUAACUGGUUCCAGGAAUUAAUCUCGUGAUAACG